CUAGACAAUCAAGCCUUUGCGUACAUAGAUUGAAAAUGAAAAUGUUGCCUCAGUGUUGACAUUUUAACCUUACACUUUCGAGCAUUAACUGUUGCAAAUUGCAUUAUGGUGCUUGCCAGGAGUGCACGAUUCCUAACUAGAACGGUUCUUGUGAAAAACAACGACAUCGAUAAGUCAUAUAACUUAUUACAAGGAGCUUUGAAUAAUGAUGGGGUCAUGAAAGAGGAGCGUGAUCGAAGAAGAUUUAUUCGGCCAACUGAAAUGAGGAAGCAACUCAGUUAUGACAGAUGCAAACGAAUCUACAACUCCGAAAUGAAUAGAAAAUUAAAAUUUCUCAUGUGCAAAAACAGGGUUGAUCCUUGCCCUAGAUAGCAUCUUCUACUGUGAAAUUGAAACCACUGAUUAAUAUUCAUCUUUUCAUAAGAUAAUAAUCAUUGUUUUGAGCUGAAAAAAUGGAUACACGUGCAUUCAUGUUUGAAUAUGUAUUUUUGUGUUACAACUUAAUAUGACAAUGUUUUAAAAUAAAUUUGACAUGCAUCA